AUGGCAUCAACAACCCCCGCGCCCUCCGACGCGCCCACCACCACCCUCCCCGCUCCCACCGCCUCAGGCGAGCGCGAAGGCUACGCGAAGCUCACGCACCGGCUGUCCAUCUGGCUGCUGGUGGCGUGCCCGGCGAUCGCGCUGCUGCCGCCGCGCAAGCUGGACCUGUACACGAUGGGGCUGGGCGGCAUGACGCUGGUGGCGGCCGAGCACCUGGUGCGCGAGCGGACGGGCCGCACCAUCUUACAACGCGUGGGCAACGGCUUCGACGGCGCGGUGCAGCCCGCCGACCACAUGCCGACGGAGCGGGCGCGCGCGGUGCAGGAGGCGAUGCGGAAGCGGGCGAGGGAGGAGAGGGAGGCGUUGCUGCGGCAGCAAGGCGAGGGACAGGCGGAGAGGACGGAGGCAAAGGAGGAAGAGGGUGGGGUGCUGCAAAAAGUGUGGAUGGGCGGCGAGACGGAGGGGUGGCGCGAGAGGAGAUUGAAGGAGGAGCGCGAGGCGAUUGAGGAGGGCCGCGGGUACGGGGACCUCAUCAUGGACCAGAUCUGGGAGGUGUGGAAUUGGGGCAGGGGCGGCGGUGGCAAUGGCUCGGACGGCAGCAAGAAUUAG